UUGAUGUUUGUGUUUAUAUUUUCAUCAUGAGAGAGCUGAAGAAAGAGGUGACGUCACUGAAGACAAAACUGAUGGAGAGAGACGACAGGUUACAGGAGCUGGAAAAGGUUUCCUGUCAAUCUUCAGUGUGUGUGACUGAUGGGACCUCCACAGAAUGUCAGGAUUCAGUGUGGAGCGGCAGAGAUCAGUCCACACCACAGCGACUGCUGGACAAACUCUCUGAACAGAGAUCCAGAGACACACAGGACUCACAGCUUACUUUACUCUGUUCUACUGACGGUAAUCAGGGUGAUCAAACCUCCACAGAGUCUCUGACUUCUGACUCUAAUGCUGGAGAACAGCAGACGCUGCAGACACCAGCGAAGAUGUGUUCAGUAAAGCUGCUGGACUGCAGGAAACUGAUGAAGAUGAGAGGAGAAACCACAGUAGAGGAACAACACGGUGAUGAUGAUCAAACCUCAACAGGGUCUCUCGCUUCUGGCUGUAAUGCUGGAGAACAGCAGAUGAUGGAGACACCAGUUAAGAUGGAAGUGAAGCAGGAGGAGAUAAAUGAAGAAAACACAGCAGAUGAAGAUCAGAGGGAUGAUAAUUUUAUUUAUUCAGAGCUGAUGGAAGUGAAAGAGGAACAUCAAGAUCCGAUUGAAGUGGAGGAGAAACAUCAUGAUUUCACAACUGGAGAAAAAUCUUUGAUUGACUCAAAGACUAAGAAGAAUUUCUCACCAAAAAAUCCUCAAAAACAAGCAUCAAAGAAAUAUUUAACCUGCUCUCAGUGUGGAAAGUGUUUAACAUGUAAUAAAGAUCUUAAUAUACACAUGAGAAUUCAUACUGGAGAGAAACCUUACACGUGCUCACACUGUGGAAAGAGUUUCACUCAGAUAAAAUACCUGACAAUACACAUGAGAAUUCAUAAUGGAGAGAAGCCUUACAAGUGCUCACACUGUGGAAAGAGUUUUAUUCAGUCACACGAUCUGAAAGACCACAAGAGAAUCCAUACUGGAGAGAAACCUUACAAGUGCUUACACUGUGAAAAGAGAUUUAUUCAGUCACAACACCUAAAAACACAUGAGAGAAUUCAUACUGGAGAGAAACCAUACAAGUGCUCACACUGUGGAAAGAGUUUUAUUCAGUCACAACACCUAAAAACACAUGAGAGAAUCCAUACUGGAGAGAAACCAUACAAGUGCUCACUCUGUGGAAAGAGUUUUACUAAGUCAGAAAAUCUAAAAACACACGAGAGAAUUCAUACGGGAGAAAAACCUUUCAAGUGCUCACACUGUAUAAUGAGCUUCACUCAGUUACAUUCCCUGAAAACACACAAGAGAAUCCAUACUGGAGAGAAACCGUACAAUUGCUCACACUGUGGAAAGAGUUUCAAUCAUUUAAAUUCCCUGAAAACACACGAGAGAAUUCAUACUGGAGAGAAACCAUACAACUGCUCACACUGUGAAACAAGCUUCACUCAGUUACAUUCCCUGAAAACACAUGAGAGAAUUCAUACAGGAUAGUCUUGUCUAAUUAUUGUGAUGACUCUUCUCCACCAGAAGAUGGCAGCUCCUCCAAUCAUUAGACUACAUGCACAUAUUGGUGGUAUGAUGUAAAAUUACAAGAACAUUUUAUGUAUGUACUGUAUUGUUGUUCUUGUGUUCCAGAUGACCUGGUGCUGAUGUCAGCAGAACCCGACUAAAUGUGAAGAUUUGCAAAAGCAAUGUAUUGAUGUUUUUUUUUCCCACAUGAGACAACUUUUUUUGUUUUUUGGAGUACAUACACUCACUGAGCACUUUAUUUGGAACCCUGUAAUAAUACUGUGUAGGGCCUCACUUUGCUCUCGAAACAGCCUCAAUUCUUCAUGGAAUGGAUUCUACAAGAUGUUGGAAAUAAUCCUUUGAGAUUUUGGUCCAUGUUGACACGAUUACAUCAUGCAAUUUCUGCAGAUUUGUCAACUGCACAGUCAUGCUGUGAAUCUCCCGUUCUACCACAUCCUAAAGAGGCCUUAUUGAAUUCAGAUCUGGUGAUUUGAAAGGCCACUGAAGAACUGUGAACUCAUCGUCAUGUUCAUGAAUCCAGUUUGAGAUGACUUUUGAUUUGUGACAUGGUGCAUUAUCAUGCUAGAAGUAGCCAUUAGAAGAUGGGUAAAUUGUGGCCAUGAAGGGAUGCACAUGUUCAGCAACAAUACUCAAAUAAUCCGUUGCAUUCAAGUGAUGAUUGAUUGGUAGUAAUAGGUCCAAAGUGGGCUAAGAAGACAAUCCCCACACCAUUACACCACCACCAGCAGCCUGAACUGUUUGCACAAGGCAGGUUGGGUCCAUGGACUCAUACUGUUGGUGCCAAAUUCUGACCCUACCCUCGGUGUGCCUCAUCAGAAAUAGAGAUUAGUCAAAUCAGGCUACGUUCAUCCAGUCUUCAACUGUCCAGUUUUGGAGAGCCUGCUCCCACUGCAUCCUCAGUUUUCUGUUCUUGGCUGACAGAAGCAGAACCUGACAUAGUCUUCUGGUGUUGUAGCCCAUCCGCCUCUAGGUUGGAUGUGUUGUACUUUCUGAGAUGCAAUAAAGUCCUCAGUGAGUAUAGGGCUGCAACUAACAAUUAUUCGACUAUUCACCAAUUAUUGCAAAGAUUAAUCAUUAGCUCUUAACCGAUUAUUCAGCUUGUGGCCUGACUUAAAAUGUUGUAUUAAACAUGCUUACUAACAAUAAAGAGGCACUGACCGCACAGAGAAAUGUUGGAUUUUGUAGUUAUUUUGUAGUUAUUUAAAUGAUCUACUUCUGUAUUAUUUGAUCACCAUUUGAGCAUCUGCAUCCCUUUUCUUGGGGUGGAGUUGGACUUAGUCGCUCACCUCACGAGCGAGCGUUCUCAGUCAGUGCUGAAUUGCCAGAAGUUAUUCAGGGGAAGAACAGCGGUCCCACUGAAACAAUUUCAGAGGCUCCUGGGGCAUGUGGCGUCCUCAGCGGUGGUUAUGGCACUGGGUUUGAUGCAUAUGAUACCGCUUCAACACUAGCUUCAGACUCGAGUCCCGAUAUGGGCAUGGCGCCACGGUACGCAUCGUGUGGCUAUCACGCAGAUCUGUUGUCGCACGUUCAGCCCUUGGACGGACCUUGCAUUUCUACAGGCAGGAGUUCCUCUAGAACAAGUUUCCAGGCUUGUCGUUGUCACAACGGACACGUCCAAGUCAGGCUGGGGCACCGAUUGCAAUGGGCACGCAGCCUUGGGCUCCUGGACAGGACCUCGACUGCGUUGUCAU